GAAAAGAAUCUAUCGUCGAUCACUCGUUGGUAAUAGAUGGUAAGUAUGUCAUAACUUGCGCAAGCGCUUAUAACGAAACAAGUAGCAGUGAGUUGCUACCGAGGAACUUCAACUUCAAUAGUGCGAAGCGUUUCCUUGCGCGAUCAUGACGACUUGCACCAAGAAAAGCAACGUAAAGAGCAAUUAUAAGGCUGACGUUAAUUACAGUCUUCAAGUAAAUCGUUGGCUUUUAAAACCAAUUGGUAUUUGGCCGUAUCCAACGACAGCUUCAACGGCAACGAAAGCUUCCUCCUUUAUUUUAUUUUUAACAUGCAUUGGAAUUUUGAUAUUUUCGAUAAUAUCCUGUAUAUUGAAUAUCAUAUUUGAGGAGGAAGAUCCACAAGUCAAAUUGAAGACUAUAGCUCCGCUCAGUUAUUGGUUAUUAUCGUCAGUAAGAUAUUGUACCCUUCUGAUUCGAGCUAAUGAUAUACGUCGAUGUGUAGAUCGCAUAGAAAUUGAUUGGCGAAUGAUCAAGAAGAUCGAGGAACGCGAAACAAUGCUGAGAUGUGUGAAAACUGGCCGAUUCAUUGUUUGUUUCAGUGCAGCUUUCAUGCAUGGUGGAAUUUUUUCUUUUAACAUUCUCAAAGGAAUUAUACCGGUAAUCGAGAUCAUUGAUAACGUCAGUGUCUCAAUCUAUCGAUUACCUUAUCCGUUUUAUAACAAGAUUUGGGAUACGAAUUUCACUCUAGCUCAUCAAGUUAUUCUUCUGUUACAAUUCGUGGUGACGUUCAUCGUUAAUUCCGUAAGCAUUGGAGCCGUCGCGAUAGCAGCUAUGUUCGUUAUGCACGCUUGCGGUCAGCUCGAUAUUAUGAGAUUAUGGUUGGAAUCUCUUGUCGACGAUGUUAACGAUAAAUACGAUUUGACGCAACGGAGAAUAGGUGUCAUCGUCGUUCAUCAUUUACGCGUUCUCAAUUUUGUAACUUGGAUAGAGAAAACCCUCAGUUUCAUAUGCCUCGUGGAAAUAUUUGGUUCCGUAUUCAAUAUGUGUUUCCUAGGAUAUUAUUGUAUAAAAGUAGGUAAAUUUGUUCAUUGAAUUGAAAAAAUCUUCGAACGAGUACUUACAUAUAUACUUAUUCCAAUUUUUUUUUGUUUGUUUUUGCAUCGGUUUCACUAUCUCUUGCAAUACUUUUACUUUUUAAACAGCAAUUCAGUGAAAACGAAUUUGGAACGACUGCCAUUUACGGUACAAUAUUUAUAUCCGUAGCUUACAACAUUUUCAUAUUUUGUUACAUCGGCGAUAUUCUGUCGGAACAGGUAACCAUUGUACAUAUAAAAAAUUAAGUCUCUUAAAAGGAAAAUAAAUAAGCUUCGCACUGUGCACACUUUAUAAUCCUCGAAAAUUAUAUCACAUAAAUAUACGAUCGACUUUGAAUUUAAUUUAAUAGUGCAGCGUCAUUGGUAUAAAAGCUUACCUGAUUAAUUGGUACAAUCUACCUGGAAAAUCACCCCUUGGUAUAGCUCUAAUAAUUUUAAGAUCCUCUCGAGUAACUACUCUCACUGCUGGAAAAAUGAUUCCGUUAUGUAUGUCCACAUUUAGCAACGUGAGUAAUA